AUGGCAUCCGUACUUGGAAACAACAGCCGCGCGUCGGGGGCUCAGAGCGGCCAGGUCAAAUGCAAGUUGAAAAGGAGGAGGAGGAGACGAUCGAAGAGAAAAGAGAAAGUCAGUAUGCUGUCAGCAUUGAUCGCUCCCUUCAAGUACAUGAGCCCUGGGACCAGCAGCACGGAGGACGAGGACAGUUUAAGUACCAGCAGUGCAGAGGUGAAAGAAAAUCGGAACAUCGGUAACUUAGAGGAUCGCUCUAUUGGAUCUGGCGAGCGCCAAUCACUUUUUUGCUCUGACUCAGCGAGAGGCGGGACUUCUGGUCUGAAGAGAAAACGGCCGCUGGAGGAAGACAACAACGGGCACCUCUGUCAACUCCGCUUGAUCUACAAGAAGCUGUCCUGGUCAGAGGCACCAAAGAAUGCCUUGGUACAGCUCAAUGAGCUCCGGCCGGGCCUCCAGUACCGCAUGGUCUCCCAAACCGGCCCCGUCCACGCUCCCAUCUUCUCCAUUGCUGUGGAGGUUAAUGGGCUGACCUUUGAGGGCACAGGCCCCACCAAAAAGAAGGCUAAGAUGAGGGCUGCUGAACUGGCCCUCAGGUCCUUCAUCCAGUUCCCCAACGCCCCUCAGGCCCACCUGGCAAUGGGGAACCUCUCGAACCCCUCGGCCGACUUCACCUCAGACCAGGCUGACUUCCCCGACACUCUCUUCAAAGAGUUUGAGACCUCAUCAUGCUCCGACGGCCUCGCUCUCUGCACCUCGGCAGCCGAGAGCGAGCUGCUAUCUAGUGAGCUACUAAGACACGGCCGGCUGCUCCGCCACACCUUGGACCUGAUGGUGCAGGCUCAGCAGAGGCUGGGCGGAAUUGUUCCAGAGCCCGAGGUUCUCAAGAGCCCCGUGGCGUUGCUCAAUGAGCUCCGGCCAGGCCUGCGCUACGCCUGUCUAUCGGAGCGAGCUGAGGGCCGGCGGCUACGUAGCUUCGUGAUGGCGGUGCGCGUGGACGGGCGGAUAUUUGAGGGCUGCGGUCGCAGCAAGAAGCUGGCCAAGACCCAGGCAGCCCAGUGUGCUCUUCAGGCCCUCUUCAACAUCAGGACAGCCCCUGAGGGGAGGACAGGCCUCAAAGCCAGCAGGAAGAGUUGCCCUCAUUUACCCCAGGACUUUGCCGAUUCAAUAUUCCACUUGGUGAGGGAGAAGUACCGGUCGCUGGUGGGCGGCUGCAGUCCCGCGCACGCUCGACACAAAUCCCUGGCAGGCAUCGUAAUGACCCGAGGUCUGGACCUGAGGCACGCGCAGGUCGUGGCCUUAUCCACGGGCACCAAGUGCAUCAACGGGGAAUACCUGAGUGACCAGGGACAGGUGGUGAACGACUGUCACGCCGAAGUCACCACCCGGAGAGCCCUGCUGCGCUUCCUCUACUCUCAGCUGGAGCUCUUCUUGAGUAAAAGGCCAGAGGACUGGGAGGAGUCGAUAUUUGUGCGGCACAAGGAGUGCAGCUACAGGUUGAGAGACAAUGUCCACUUCCAUAUGUACAUCAGCACCUCGCCGUGUGGGGACGGGAGGCUCAACUCGCCCUAUGAAAUCACCAAUGACCUGCACAGCAGCAGACACCUCAUGAGGAAGCACCACAGCCACCUGCGGACCAAAAUCGAGUCGGGCGAGGGUACCGUCCCUGUAAGAUGCCGGGGUCCCGUCCAGACCUGGGACGGGGUCCUACAGGGCGAGCAGCUCAUCACCAUGUCCUGCACCGACAAAAUCACCAGGUGGAACAUCCUCGGCCUGCAGGGAGCGUUGCUGAGCCACUUUGUGGAUCCGGUGUACCUGCACAGUGUGACGGUGGGCAGCCUGCGCCACACGGGCCACCUGGGACGGGUGUUGAACCAGCGGCAGGAACGCCUGGGCCCGCUGCCCGCCACCUACCGACGCAACCAGCCCCUUCUAAGCGGGCUGAGCAGUGCCGAGUAUCAGCAGCCGGGGAAGGCCCCGUGUGUGAGCGUCAACUGGACUCUGGGCGACUCCCAGCUGGAGGUGGUCAACACCGCCACGGGACAGAGGCGGGACUCGGGAACGCCUUCACGCCUCUGCAAGCACGCCCUGUUCACCCGCUGGAGCAGGCUUUAUCGAAAGCUGGGGGUCCGUGCGUGUGGCUCGGCGGAGCGGCAGCUCAUGUACUGCGAGGCCAAGAUGGCGGCGCGCCCCUACCAGACGGUCAAGCAGCAGUGGUUCAGAUCUCUGCAGGACACGGGCCUGGGCACCUGGGUCAAGAAACCACCCGAGCAGGAGCACUUCCUGCUGUCGGACUGA